UUAAGAAUAUCUUACAUAAUCAAAUAAUCAGUUUAAUGGAAGACUUGAGAGAAACAUGUUGCUUUUACUAUUAGGCACACUAAUCGUGAUUCUAGUUUUAUACCUCGUUAAUCUAUCGACAAAGAAUUUUGAUCAUUGGGAAAAACGCAGAGUGAAAUAUGUGAAACCGUUCCCAUUUGUUGGAAACUUAUUACCAACGGUGUUGAAAACAAAAUCAACCGCUGAACUUAUCCAACACCUAUACAAGGCUUUUCCUAAUGAAAGGUUCGUGGGAAUUUUUCAAUUUAAUACUCCCAUUUUGUUGAUACGAGACCCUGAAUUAAUCAAGUCUAUUGCGAUAAAAAACUUCGACAAUUUCGUUGACCACUAUGGGUUUGCUAAUGAUGACAUUGAUCCAUUAUGGGCCAAAAAUUUGUUUGCAAGCCAAGGGGAACGGUGGCGGGACCUACGUCAAACUUUAAGUCCCGUGUUUACCAGCAGCAAAAUGCGAACAAUGUUCGUCCUGAUGGACGAAUGCGUAAAACAGUUAACUGAAUAUUUCAAGGACCAGAAGCAGGAUGUAAUAGACAUUGAACUAAAAGACAUUUUUUCGAGAUACACCACCGAUGUGAUUGCGACCACAGCCUUCGGAAUCAAGGUCGAUUCCUUGAGAAAUAGAAAUAACGACUUUGUGGUAUCAGGACGAGAAUUCACCGAUUUUUCAGGAUUAAGAGGCCUCGCAUUUUUCAUUAAUGGAAGUUAUCCAAGACUUGCCAAAUUUCUUAAUAUAAAAAUAGUAAGUGAUCGCUUGGGUAAUUUCUUUCGAACAAUAAUCAAAGAAACUCUCACUUUACGAGAAGAGAAAAAAAUUGUUCGGCCUGACCUCAUCCACUCCCUAAUGCUGGCAAGAAAAGGCAAAUUAAAAUACGAGGAACUAAUGGAGUUACCAGAAGCCGGUUUUGCCGCAGUGGAAGAAUCCAACUUGACAAAAUCUAACAACAACGUAAAUUUUUUAACCGAUGAGGACAUAACAGCCCAAGCUUUGGUCUUCUUCCUUGGCGGUUUCGACACAACGUCCUCACUGAUGUGCUUCGCUGGAUACGAACUCGCAAUUAACCCCCACAUCCAAAAAAGACUCAAAGACGAAGUCCUAGCCACCGACCGCGAAUGCAACGGCCAAAUAACGUACGAAAAACUCCUAAAUAUGAAAUACCUGGACAUGGUCGUGUCCGAAACGUUACGUAAAUGGAACCAAGCCGUUUGGCUCGACCGAAAAUGCACCAAAGAAAUUGAAAUCGAAUCGGAAACAAGUGGAGAACCUUCAGUUACUCUCAAAGUUGGAGAUAUCAUCUGGAUGCCCGCUUAUGCCAUCCAUCACGAUCCUAAAUAUUACCCUAACCCGGAACUUUUCGAUCCAGAGCGGUUUAGUGACGAAAAUAAGGACAAAAUUAGAACCGGCACUUAUCUACCGUUCGGAGUUGGGCCCAGAAAUUGUAUUGGGUCAAGAUUUGCUUUACUGGAAACUAAGCUCUUGUUGUACAACCUUUUGCUCAAUUUUGACCUUGUCACCAACCACAAAACUGAAAAUCCGAUUAAGUUACGGAGAGACACGCCGUUAUUGAUGCCCCAAAAUGGGUUUCAAGUGAGUCUUCGAAAAAAUGACGCUUUUUCCGAAAAAUAAUCAUUUAAUUGUUUGUACAUAUGACCUGAAUUAUUUAAAUAAAUACAUCUGUUUGACAGUU